UGCAGCCGCCGGCGGCAUGAGGCGCGACCCGGCCCCCGGCUUCUCCAUGCUGCUCUUCGGUGUGUCCCUAGCCUGCUACUCGCCUAGCCUCAAGUCGGUGCAGGACCAGGCGUACAAGGCACCCGUGGUGGUGGAGGGCAAGGUACAAGGGCUGGCCCCAGCCAGCGGCUCCAGCUCCAACAGCACCCGCGAGCCGCCAGCCUCGGGUCGGGUAGCGCUAGUGAAGGUGCUGGACAAGUGGCCGCUCCGGAGCGGGGGGCUGCAGCGCGAGCAGGUGAUCAGUGUGGGCUCAUGUGCGCCGCUUGAAAGGAACCAGCGCUACAUCUUCUUCCUGGAGCCCACGGAGCAGCCCUUAGUCUUUAAAACGGCCUUUGCCCCCAUAGACACCAACGGCAAAAACCUCAAGAAAGAGGUGGGCAAGAUCCUGUGCACUGACUGCGCCACCCGGCCCAAGCUGAAGAAGAUGAAGAGCCAAACGGGGCAGGUGGGUGAGAAGCAAUCGCUGAAGUGCGAGGCAGCAGCGGGGAACCCCCAGCCCUCCUACCGCUGGUUCAAGGACGGCAAGGAGCUCAACCGCAGUCGUGACAUCCGCAUCAAGUACGGCAAUGGCAGAAAGAACUCACGACUGCAGUUCAACAAGGUGAAGGUGGAGGACGCUGGGGAGUACGUCUGUGAGGCCGAGAACAUCCUGGGCAAGGACUCGGUCCGUGGCCGGCUCCACGUCAGCAGUGUGAGCACCACCCUAUCAUCCUGGUCGGGGCACGCCCGGAAGUGCAACGAGACUGCCAAGUCCUACUGUGUCAAUGGAGGUGUCUGCUACUACAUCGAGGGCAUCAACCAGCUCUCCUGCAAGUGUCCUGUGGGAUACACCGGGGACAGGUGUCAGCAGUUCGCAAUGGUCAACUUCUCCAAGCACCUUGGAUUUGAACUAAAGGAAGCCGAGGAGCUAUACCAGAAGCGGGUCCUGACCAUCACCGGCAUCUGCGUGGCUCUGCUCGUCGUGGGCAUCGUCUGCGUGGUCGCCUACUGUAAGACCAAAAAGCAGCGGAAGCAGAUGCACAACCACCUCCGGCAGAAUAUGUGCCCAGCCCAUCAGAAUCGGAGCUUGGCCAACGGGCCCAGCCACCCCCGGCUGGACCCCGAGGAGAUCCAGAUGGCAGAUUACAUCUCCAAGAAUGUGCCAGCCACGGAUCACGUCAUCCGGAGGGAAACUGAGACCACUUUCUCCGGGAGCCACUCCUGUUCCCCUUCUCACCACUGCUCCACGGCCACGCCGACCUCCAGCCACAGGCAUGAGAGCCACACGUGGAGUCUGGAACGUUCUGAGAGCCUGACUUCCGACUCCCAGUCGGGCAUCAUGCUGUCAUCAGUGGGCACCAGCAAAUGCAACAGCCCAGCAUGUGUGGAGGCCCGAGCGCGGCGGGCAGCAGCCUACAGCCUGGAGGAGCGGCGCAGAGCUGCGGUGCCCCCCUACCAUGAUUCCAUAGACUCCCUGCGCGACUCUCCACACAGCGAGAGGUCAGUUCUUGCCCGCUGACCUGUGACCC